GCAGCCGGGGAGGGCGGAGGAGAAGGAGGCGGCGGCGGCGGAGGAGGCGUGGAGAGGAGGAGCAGGGGGUGGUGGAUGGAGCCCCGGGCUGCCGCGGCGGGCUCGCCCGAGCCAGCGGCGGUGGCCUCCUCUUUCCAGGCCCGGCUCUGGAGGAACCUGCAGCUGGGGGUGGGCAAGAGCAAGGGCGGCGGGGGCGGGCGCACGGGGGGCCCCGAGCGCCGCACUGCGGACACCCCGUCGCCCUCCCCGCCGCGCCCCCGGGGCAGGCGGGACGCCCUGGCCGGCGUGGGUGGCGCGGGCAGCAGGUGGAGCGGCUUCAUGAAAAAGAAGCAAGUGCUGGACCGCGUCUUCUCCUCUUCCCAGCCCAACCUGUGCUGCUCCUCGCCGGAGCCUCUCGAGCCGGGCGGCGCGGGCAGAGCCGAGCAGGGGUCCGGGCUGCGCCGCCGGAUUCGCGAGCAUUUGCUUCCCGCGGGAAAGGGGGCGGCCGCCGGAGCGGCAGGAGGGACGCCUCCUGGCGGACGCUCCCCAGACUCGGCUCCCUCGUCGUCUUCCGCCUCAUCCUCCCUGUCCUCCUCGCCCCAACCGCCCCCGAGGGGGGACCGCGCCCGAGAUGAGGGUGCACAGCGUCGGAGCCCCGCGGCGCACCUGUGCCAUCAGAAGAGCUCCUCCCUGCCGGGCACCGCCCGCCUGGAGCAGCUGCUGGAGCCGCCGCCGCCUCCCGCGGAGCCCGCGCCGAGCCCCGCCGAGCCGCGGACCCCGGAGGAGGGCGAGGAGUGUGGCAGCAGCCGGAAAAUAAAUACCACUGGAACCAGUAAUGCAGAUGUCUCUUUGGCUGAUCCCGGAAUGUACCAACUGGACAUUACAUUAAGAAGGGGUCAAAGUUUAGCCGCCCGAGAUCGAGGAGGGACAAGUGAUCCAUAUGUAAAGUUUAAAAUUGGAGGAAAAGAAGUUUUUAGAAGUAAAACAAUACACAAGAACCUCAAUCCUGUGUGGGAGGAGAAAGCUUGCAUUCUUGUUGACCACCUCAGGGAACCAUUGUAUAUAAAGGUAUUUGAUUAUGAUUUUGGACUACAGGAUGACUUUAUGGGCUCGGCCUUUCUAGAUCUCACACAAUUGGAGCUACACAGGCCCACAGAUGUGACCCUUACACUGAAAGAUCCCCAUUAUCCUGACCAUUAUCUUGGGAUCAUUUUGCUCUCAGUCAUCCUUACCCCUAAAGAAGGAGAACACAGGGAUGUGACAAUGCUAAUGAGGAAGAGUUGGAAAAGAUCAAGUAAGGAGCUCUCAGAAAAUGAAGCAGUCGGAUCUUAUUUUUCUGUGAAGUCUUUCUGUUGGAGGACGUGCGGCAGGCCUGCUUUCCCUGUCCGGGGCGUCUGCAGAGCAGACCUUCAGACUGCUCAUUACCAAAAUGCACAAUUUCAGACCCAAAGUUUACGCCUAUCAGAUGUACACAGAAAAUCACAUCUUUGGAGAGGAAUAGUCAGCAUCACACUGAUUGAGGGGCGAGAUCUCAAGGCGAUGGAUUCAAACGGGUUGAGUGACCCCUAUGUGAAGUUCCGGCUCGGGCACCAGAAAUAUAAGAGCAAGAUUAUGCCAAAAACGUUGAAUCCUCAGUGGAGGGAACAGUUUGAUUUUCAUCUCUAUGAAGAGAGAGGUGGCAUCAUUGACAUCACUACCUGGGACAAAGAUGCUGGGAAAAGGGAUGAUUUCAUUGGCAGGUGCCAGGUCGACCUGUCAGCCCUCAGUAGGGAACAGACGCACAAGUUGGAGUUACAGCUGGAAGAAGGUGAGGGACACCUGGUACUGCUGGUUACCCUGACAGCAUCGGCCACAGUCAGUAUUUCUGACUUCUCUGUCAACUCCCUGGAGGACCAGAAAGAACGGGAGAAAAUAUUGAGGAGAUAUAGUCCACUGCGGAUAUUUCACAACCUGAAAGAUGUGGGAUUUCUCCAGGUGAAAGUAAUCAGAGCAGAAGGAUUAAUGGCUGCUGAUGUCACAGGUAAAAGUGACCCAUUUUGUGUAGUUGAACUGAACAAUGAUAGACUGCUAACACAUACCGUCUACAAAAAUCUGAAUCCUGAGUGGAACAAAGUCUUCACAUUCAACAUUAAAGAUAUCCAUUCAGUUCUUGAAGUGACAGUUUAUGAUGAAGAUCGGGAUCGAAGUGCUGACUUUCUGGGCAAAGUUGCUAUACCACUGCUGUCUAUUCAAAAUGGUGAACAGAAAGCCUACGUCUUGAAAAACAAGCAGCUGACAGGGCCAACAAAGGGGGUCAUCUAUCUUGAAAUAGAUGUGAUUUUUAAUGCUGUGAAAGCCAGCUUACGAACAUUAAUACCCAAAGAACAGAAGUACAUUGAAGAGGAAAACAGACUCUCUAAACAGCUGCUCCUAAGAAACUUUGUCAGAAUGAAGCGCUGUGUCAUGGUGCUCGUAAACGCUGCAUACUACGUUAAUAGUUGCUUUGAUUGGGACUCACCCCCUAGGAGCCUCGCUGCUUUUGUGCUCUUUCUCUUUGUUGUCUGGAACUUUGAACUCUACAUGAUCCCACUGGUUUUGUUGUUACUAUUGACAUGGAAUUACUUCUUGAUAAUAUCAGGGAAAGAUAACAGGCAACGUGAUACAGUAGUGGAGGACAUGCUAGAGGACGAGGAAGAAGAAGAUGACAGAGAUGACAAGGACAGUGAAAAAAAGGGAUUUAUAAAUAAAAUCUAUGCCAUCCAGGAGGUAUGUAUCAGUGUCCAGAACAUCCUAGAUGAAGUGGCUUCCUUUGGCGAAAGGAUAAAGAAUACGUUCAACUGGACCGUCCCAUUCUUAAGCUGGCUGGCCAUUGUAGCCCUCUGUGUGUUCACAGUCAUCCUGUACUUCAUUCCACUGAGAUACAUUGUCCUUGUCUGGGGCAUCAAUAAAUUUACAAAAAAGCUUCGGAGUCCAUAUGCAAUCGAUAACAACGAACUACUUGACUUCCUUUCCAGAGUCCAUUCAGAUGUACAAGUGGUGCAAUACCAUGAACUGAAACCAGAUCCUUCUCACAGCCCAUGUAAAAGGAAGAAAAACAAUCUUGGCUAGCUAGCUCCCAGCACUGAGGAGACCAGCAUUUGUUUGGGAAGAUAAAAGAAAAAGCCUUCAGCCUCAGCAGCAUUUCCUUUCUUCCUGCUUUUUAUUUAUUUUGCCUUUUUAUCAUGAUUGAGAGAAUUUGUAAAUAGUGUACAAAGGCAUAUGUCUUUGAAAACAUACUUCCAUUGUACAGAAUUGAUUUGAUAAAGGUUUUGCUACUGCUGCGUGAAAGCCUGGUUAGCAGUGGUAAUAACAAAACACGUUGGAACAAAUGUUAAGAAUGAGAACAUUGGGAGACACACAGGUCUUUAGUUGUAAGUGGAGAAACCAGAAUAUUAGAUUAAAUGUUUAGCUAUGCUCUGAUGAAAUCUACAUAAAAUAUAAAUCUCAAUUUGAUUUUAAGGUUUUUUUUUAAUGUGACUAUUUUUUUAUCUGAAAAGUAAUCCAUUACAUUUUUCUAUGUUUUGUACAUUUCAAAAGGGAGGGGGGACUGCAAAAUCUAAGAGAACAGAUGCAUUUCAAUUUAACAUGAAUUUUGACUGCAGAUCCUGACCUUCAUUCCUGUGCAAAUUAUUUAGAUAUGCUAGGCUGACUUUAAUUUAACCAGUGAAGGUAUAUUUACCCCUUGAAGAGAAACUUCCACACUCUUGAAAUCCUACAAAGAGAACUUCCAAACCAUCUAUCAUUCCAUCUAAACCUUAAAAUCUCCACAGGACUACACACAAAUACUGCCAGGUUUAUAAAUGAUUGCUUAUCUGAAUUUUUAUACAUACCACUACUUUAAUUUGUACCAAGUCUGCAAAUCAGCAACCCAGUUCAAUUUCAAAAAAACAAAAAACAAAAACUAGCAAACUAAAUCCAUAUUGCUUUUUGUGUCAGAUCAUACUUAUGAUGUGCAUCUAAAAAUAUUUAAUACUGAAGUGUUCUCACACAAAAUAUCUUUCUCACUAGAUUACUGAAAUGCUUUAGUGCAUACUAUGAUUUUUGCUCUCAGUGUGAAUUUUAAUGUAGACUGAUAUGCCAGUGUUUCAUUACAUUCAUGUAUAGAAAAUAAUUAUUCUUGAUGAUAUGAAUGCAUGAAAACCUAUUUUGUAAAAUACACUGCUUAUGGGGAGAGGAGUUUGCCUUUAAAAAAAUGUUCUGCUACUUACCAUAGAAUCUAUACUCAAAAAUUGCAUUCCCAAGACUCCUACAGUAGUUUUUGUACUUAACUCUCUGGUACAUCAAGGGAGUAUACCUCUGGAGACAGAAAUAAUUUGGUGACAAUGUCUUACUUCCCUGACAAGAUAGGGGAUUAUGCUUGGUUUGAAACUGCUGCAAUGUGCACUAUUUUAUUAAUAAUAGCCUGGAACAGGUGAAGAUGGGUGUUAUACUGGAAAAAUGUAGAAAAGCCAGAAGCAAGAAGUAUAUAUUUCACUCUAAAGGAAGAGACUUUAAAAAUAAAUUUACUCUCAUCAAAGCUGAUUUUUUAAAGUAUUUUUAUUUUAAAGCUAUGUUGUUAAAUACUAUUUCUUAUGAUAGAACUAUUUUGACCUGUUUAUACACUAUGCUUGAAAGAAUGUCAAUUAAAUUCCCUUUCUACAUAAAGGCUUUAACCUCAAUAUGCUCUAUUCAGCUCUUAUUUAUAAUAACAUGCUUCUAUCUGCAUACCAUCAGUUCGUUGCUAAGACAAAAUACUCCAUAAAGUUGUUACUACAGAAAGUUUACUGAUGGGAUAAUUUGUUUGAAAUAACUUUUGAUUAUAUCUUGUGUGAAAUUUAUGUUCUAUGCUGACAGUGUCUACAAGUCUGAUACUCUACAACUUCAGAUGCACCUAGUGGAUAGUAACAUAACCAUUAUUAACAGAUGACUAAUUUCUGUUUGUUUCAUUCUAUCAAAUUCCAGAUGUUUAGUUCAAUGAUAAUGUUGACGACUAUACAUUCACUGCAUUAAAUAAAAAAAAUAAUCUUUUCUAAGUAUAAUCAGUAGUUUUCUUUUUUUGGUGGUUAAGAGAGGAGUGAGUAAUGAAGGACUGUCUGCAUAUUCAUGUAACUGUCACUUCUCUUAGAGAAACCUAGGUUUGGUUUGGACAGCAAGGCCUUCCUUGAAAACUUAAAACCUUGACUACAGAACUCAGAGAAGUAAAAACUUAACUUGAGAACUGAUAAGAUACUGAGAGGAAUCUUCACUGCUUUUACAAACUACUAGAUUCACAGGCUAAAAAAUAAGAGACUGUGUCUAACAGAAUUUUAACAAUUUCUCCUUCAGGCUAAGGUUUAGUUUUGCUUCUUGAAAGAUGUUUAACUUGAUUUAAUUUUGAGAGAUUUGCCAUGUACACUUGACCACUGAACAAUAUGGGGGUUAAGGAACACUACUUGCACAAUGAAAAACCCAAGUAUAACUUUUGACUCCCU